AUGGCAUUUGCUGUGAGAGGAGGCCAAUGUUGUCCAAUUUGUAGCCAAACUUUCCUGGGAACCUCCCUGAAGUACCAUAUCAAGGCAUGUGCAAGACAAGCACGAGCACAGCUGGUCACCUGCUCUUCGUGCAAGCGCCCGGUGCGAAAAGAUGAUCUUCCAGAGCAUCUUGUGCGCUGCAAGCGCAUGCGGAUGGCGGAGGGAGUGCCGAGCACUGACGACACUGAGAAGGUGUGGCAGGACAAGUCCAUGUCUUUGCAGACAGCUCUCGCAAAGAUCGAGGCUGGCGAAAUCGGAAGCUUAGACAGUCGCGGUUGCUUCGUCUGUUCCAUUUGCGGACAGCAAGGCUUGGGCUUACUCCAGAUCGUGGAGCAUGAGGAAGUUUGCCGAGAACGUCUGAGCCAGGAAGGCCACGUAUCACCGAGUGUACACUCCCGGACCUUGCCAGCUGAGGGUGAGGGCGUGCAGCAGCUCACUACAUGCGUGGCCGUCGCCAAAGAGCUGAACCUGCUGAAGACAGAGAUCGCGCAGGAAGCUGCGGGUGAUGAGGAGUCGCGUGCACUGCUCACACUGACUUUGGACAGGCUCCGGGAUGUGGCACGAAAUGCGUGCUUCCUGGAGGAGAAGAAAUAUCGUCGGCUGCGGCUCUCAAACCCAGCGGUGUCGGAGGCAAUUGGAAAGUGGGAUGCAGCGAAGAGGCCGCAGAUGCAGGAGUUCUGGUUGUUCCAGCCCAGAGCCGCACCUGAUGCUUCCGGGCCAGCUGUCUUCCAGCCUCUUGCAGGCACAGACAGCGCGCCAUUGGAGUCCUGUGGAGUGUGUAGACGCGGCCAGGAGUUCUUGGACGCUUUGGAGGGCAAGACGGAGGUCGAAACGGAGCCGAAGGAUACCGGGUUGCUGGAGGAGUGCAAGUACUGCCACAGAAAAUUUCGCUUUGAUCGGAUCGCCAAGCAUGAAACACGCUGUCCGGAGUCCAAACCAAAGCCUGCCAAGCUGGAUGUGGUCCGCAAGUUGCUUCAGGGAACGCCUGGCGAGCAGAAUAUCCCAGCUGCUCGGCAAGAUUUCCUGAGCGGCAAGAAGCUGCCACCCCUCCCUGUCAAGCCAACCGAGCCUUUCUCCAGCACAGAUGUCCAACCAUCCUUGAACAUUUCAGCCAGCUGGCUGCUCUCCAGAGGUGUAGGGCAGUUGAGCAGCACGGCCUUCACGAACGGCGACGUGUGUCCUGUGGACACACUGCGGUACCGCUUGGCACCAGACACUGGAGCUAGGUUCGGAGAGGCAAGCGCCAACGAUUUGAACGGCACGGUGUGGAGAAGUGAAGUCGCCUUGUGCCCAUCAUUGGUGCCAAAGCCACGCUUCGAGCUUCCACCUCAUCGAUAUGUCCUGGCACCUAUGGUUGGCGGUUCUGAGCUGCCUUUCAGGAUGAUGACGCGGCAAUUCGGAGCGCAGCUCUGCUACACGCCGAUGAUUUACUCCGGCCCGUUCGCAACAGAUGCAGACUAUCGAGCUGCACCGGAAAAUGGGUUCCAGACCUGCCCAGAGGACAGGCCUCUCGUCGCCCAUUUCUGCGGCAACGAUCCGGAGGUGCUGCUAGCAGCAGCACGCCGCAUUGCAGACCGUGUUGACGCAAUAGAUCUGAACUUGGGCUGCCCUCAGCGAGUAGCACAUGCCGAGCAUUUUGGUGCCUAUCUGCUGGAGAAGCAGGACCGAGGUUUGGUUUGCAGCAUCGUCAAGCGCCUUUCAGAGGCACUUCCGGUGCCUGUGUUUUGCAAAAUUCGCCUGUUGGAUGAGCUGGAGGAGACUUUGGAGCUGGUGAAGCAGCUCGAGGCCUCGGGCGCCAGUCUCAUCGCAGUACAUGCACGAUACCGUGGUACACCGACACAUCGAAGGGACGGUCCUGCGCAUCUUGACCAGGUACGUGCCAUCAAGAAGGUGGUGCGCGUGCCAAUCCUUUCGAACGGAAACAUCAAGUCGUGGGAAGACAUUGUCGCAAACCUUGAGCUUACACAAGCCGACGGCGUCAUGUCGGCAGAGGGUAUGCUGGACGAUCCUUGCAUUUUCGCCGGUUCUUGCAAAGGCGAAGCCGAUUCGAAGAAAGCGUUGAGGAAGGUCGAGAAGAAGCUUCGCCAAGUGCAGAAGCUUUUGGAGCGGCAGGCUUCUGGCGCACCGCUGAAUGCAGAGGAGCUGCAGAAGGUUGCCGCAAGAAAGCAACUGCGCAAGGAGCGGAAGAGCUUUUCAUCCAGCAGGGAAGUAGAAGAGGACGUCCAAAUGCGAGUUCCAACGGAUGGCCUCGAAAAAGCACGCGUUUAUCUGGACUACGUGUCCAGAUUCACGCCCGCACCUCCCCUGUCGACAAUCAUUUUCCAUUGUCGGCGAAUGGCCAAGGCUGAGCUAACCGAGUUCCAGCUGCUGGAGGAUUUCAAAGGCUCCAAGUCAUUCCAGGAGAUGUGUGGCCUCCUGUCCAAGGCUGAGGCCUUCAAGCGAUCCCCCGGCAGCUUCAAAGCCAGCAAGGAGAAGGAGAAAAGGGAUCGGGAACUGCGAGCUCAGCAAGCCUAUGAAGUGGAGUGCCGGAGGAAAUACGAGCAGCGAAUGGCGCGAAAGGCUGCCCGUUUAGGAUUGCCGCUGGAAGAGGUGAUGAGAGCCUCUGCAGUCCCAGGAGGCGUCCUGCAUUUCAAUGGCGAGCCGAGCUGGCUGGCGGAGAAAGGUGAAGAGACAUCCACCCGGACAGAGAGCCUUCUGAUGUUAGAUCAUAGUACAUGGGAGGCAGUUUCAAAGUGCCAGGCCCAUCUGAAUGCAGAAUCAGCAUGUUCUGCCUACAGGAUGCCUGGACGUGAUGGAGACCAGCCAGCCAGGAGAACCAGCAAGCCAAAAAGGUAA